UCCAAGAUCCACAACCAUCCAUUAUUAUCUCUCUUUCUUUUUAAAUUUUAAAAAAUAAAAUAAAACUAGAUUUUCCUUUUUUCCCUUUCUCUGCUUCCCUGUUGGCGGAGCUCUAAGCCAUCUCUUGUCUCUCUCGAAGAGAGAGAGUGUGUGUUUUGGUGUCACAACGCAAACCCAGAAAGAAAGUACCAAAUGCCAAAUGGUAGUGCAGUAAUAAUACCAUUGUAGCUUAGUCAGAGAAAGAGAGAGAAAAAUAAAAAGGCACUACCGUCACCACAACCAACUAGGCCUCGGUCGGAAAGUUGCUACAAAAAAGUCUUUCCUUCUCCGGGAUCUCCAUUUCUGAGUUAAAGUCUGAAUUUUUAGGGGUUUGGGUCUGGUUGCUUAUUCUGGGGUGUCACCAAGUUUCCUUAAUCAGCUAAAUAUCGAACCUUCUUUGGUUAUUUCGCUUUGAUUCCUGUUGGGUAUUUCCUUUUUUAUUUUUAAUCUGUAAGGAAUCUGAAUGAUUUUGAUCUUCGAGGAUACCCUGAAUCGGUGAAUUGGUGUUGUUGUUUUGGUUUGAAGAUGGUUGUUGGUACUAGUUGUGGGUUAAGGUGAUUUGGGAGAGUCGUAGAUAAGGGCAAGGAACAACUGAACAAGGGAUAAGGAUGGCAGCAGAGUCAAACGCUGGAUUUCACAAUGAAGAUAUGGAUUCUGUUUUCAAUAGGCAUGCAAUAUCGUUUCAGCCUGGUGCUAUUAACCGCAUGUCAGAGAUGGUUCCAAUGGGUAAUUAUUUUGGGUUAAGUAGUUCCUCUGGGAUGAUAUAUUCUGGGAAUUCAAACAUCAUUAACAGUAAUCCUGUCAUGAGUCAAGCUGGUAAUUCUUCCGGUUCUUCGCUCCUUCUUGACUCGGUCCCAGGGCUGAAACAUGACACAGGGUUGGCUGUUGAGUGGUCUGUUGAUGAACAGUACAGGUUGGAGGAGGGUCUUUCAAAAUAUGCUAAUGAGCCUAGUAUCAUGAGGUAUAUCAAAAUUGCUGCACUGUUGCCUGAUAAAACGGUUCGUGAUGUUGCUUUGAGGUGUAGAUGGUUGACAAGAAAGCGAAGGAAAUCAGAAGAACACAAUCUGGGAAAGAAGGUCAAUAACAGAAAGGAUAAGCCAGUGGAGUCAGCAUCAAAGAUGCAUUUACAUUCAGCUCUGCCCCCAAGCAUGGCUACAUAUUCUCGCAUGUCACAUCAUAUGAACCAAAGUCAACGGAUACAAUAUGAUGGAUUUUGUAGUCGUUUGAAGCAACUCAUGGAGCAGAAUGCUCAAGCUUUUAAUCAAAUCACUGCCAAUUUGUCUACUUACAAGUUGCAGGAUAACAUCGACCUCUUUUGCCACACAAGGCACAAUAUUAAUACCAUUCUUAACGAUAUGAGAGAGAUGCCUGGCAUUAUGAUCCGAAUGCCGCCACUGCCUGUUACCAUUAACGAGGAUCUUGCAAGUAGUAUUUUGCCUAAUAGAACAUAGACAUUGCUAUAUGAUUCAAUUUCACUGAUUUGCCUAGUUGGUUUCCAAAUUUGAAGGCAUCCCAGCUGUCACUCCCUUUUGCUACCAAACAAGCUAAAAUCAGUGAAGUUUUUCAAUAUAGAACUAUUCAAAUGCAUUAUUGUUUGGCUGAAUGUUGGUGUAUGCAUCUUUCUUCAUGAUGUGUAUUUCUUAGGUUUUAAAAAUCUUAUAAAUUUUUGCAGUAUAUACUGUACCAAAUUUUUUUUAAGAGUCUGUUUGGAUACAGAUUUAGAAAAACUUCUCUACUGAAAAUAAAAUUUUUACUCUUAAAACUUCUAAAUUUGUAUUUAAAUAAACUCUUAAAUAUAGAAUAUCAGAUAUAGAAGUUGAUUGGUUUAUGCAUUAUGA